AGUGAACAACGUGCCGCGGCGCGGAGAGAAUGGGUGGCCGGUGUCGGCGGUGCUUUACUUCUCGAGCGAUCGACCUCGCUGCUGGCCAACACACCUUUAUACUAACUUCUCGCGCUUCGUCUGCUCGGACAGAGACACCGUCACGCAAGGGUCGAAGCGCCGGGAAAACCUUGACGAGGCCACACCGGAGUGUUGUGAAAAAUCUCACAAGAACAACAAGCAGUGCAUCUUUGCUCAGCCCAAUCAAUAGGACAAUGUCGCGCCGCUCGGUCGGCACGCGUGUAGUGCGUCUUUGAUUAAGUGUUAGAGUGAGUUUGACCGGCUUCAAGAAUGAUCUCCGCCUGCUCAGUUAUCAUACUGGCUUUGUCCGUCCUACCGUCCACAAGGCCAGCAAUUGUGGCCCCGCCUUGGGCGCACCCUAACGCUAACCCUUGCGGCGACUGGCAGGAAGUGCGGUGGAACGGUGACGGCCGUUGCUACCGCAUAUUCCAGCAGGGUCCCUGUCCAGAGACACUGGAAUUGGCUUUCCGCACGGACAAAGGCGAGGCGGAGUGCCAGUGUCCGCCACGGACAGCCCAGUGGGCGCGGGACGCCAAGUGCCAUAAAUUGUACCAAAGGGGUCCUUGCCUGCUUGGGCGCUACUUCGCCCCUGUGGUGAACACAAGAUGGGGCACCUGCCUUGAUCCAGAGCGCGAGUGCGAGGAAGGUCAGCUUUAUUGGCCAAAGGAUGGCGGCAAGUGCUAUCAGAGACUGACGAGAGGACCCUGCCCAAUUGGCGAGUUGCUAGUGGAGGAAGAGGAGGAAAGUCCAAUGGGAGUGUGCCGGUGCGACAGCAGAGAAGAGCUGCAUUCUUUUAGGUGGAGCACCAACUCUGACGCUUGUUACGAGCCCUUCUCACGAGGACCGUGCAGCAGAGGCGAGCUUGUGCUGCCUUCGCCACCCCGUUGCGGCUGCUCGGCUGACUUGCCUCAAUUCUACAACGAGAGCAAAGAAUGCCACGAACUAGGCACAACCGGGCCCUGUCCCCCAGGCCAUGAGUUUGUACAGCGUAACUCCAACAACGAGUGGGCGCCAGCACAGUGCCAGUGCAAGAAGCUACACAUUUUCUGGCCAGAAACAGGAGCCUGCUACCGGGAGUACACGCGGGGCCCCUGCCAAAGUGGCUCCAUGGUGCUGCCACCGACCCCGCCGAUGACCAACCGCACGCAGUGCGUGUCGCUACCCUGUGCCAGGGGCCACCUGUACCUGCCGGAGGCCAGAGGCUGCUUCAGGGCAGGUUCCAGGGGACCCUGUCCCUUUGGCAGUCUAGUUGUGUUUGAAGACUACUUGGGUGUGUCAUACAAAGGACGCUGUGGCUGCAGCGCUAAGGACUUUCCCAGUCAGGCGUGGGAUAGUGGUAACCAAUGUUUCGAGGUGGGAGUGCAAGGUCCCUGCCCCAAAGGACACGUCUUUGGACCAGGUGGAAUGUGCCAUACUCUGUACACAAAGGGAUUCUGCCAGUCAGGAGGAGAGUGGUUGGUGCCUCAUGGCGAGGGAGGAGCUAAGUGCGAGUGCAGGCCGGGCUAUGGACCAGUGGCUGACGAUCCUUCAGAUCCCUGUCAGCCUCCAUUGGUCGCCCUUGCAAGAUUUUUGUCCAGCGGGUUCAAGUGAAUUGAUUUUGGAAUACAACUGAUCAUAUUUAUUUUGUGCCAAUUGUCCAAUUACUAUUCCUAUUACCAUUACUCCUCUAACAUUACUAAUUGAAUAAUUUGAGAAACAAAAAUGUAUUUUCAUUUAAAAGAUGCUCUUCCUUGACAUUCAAUUGAUAAAAAUGAAGUAUUUAAGUUGAAUCCUCUAACUCUGCCCAGUUAAUUUACGGUUUCACGAACAUUUAGUUAAAGUACAGUAAUUUUAAACAGUACAAAAUUUAACUUAUUGAAUUUACAAUAUUGGCUCUGGCUCCAGGUGUAGUUUGAUUCAACUUAGUUAUAAUAAAAUUUUGUAGCAACACAGUAAGUAAAAUAGCGAGAA